AUGAAGUUUCUCCUCUUCGCCACCGGGGCUUUGGCUCUUGUCAAACGCCAGGGUGAUGUUCUGGCGGCCGAUGUUGCUGCCAUCGUCACCAGCGUCACAGCUCUUCAGGAUCAGGUCAACAAGUUUCAGGGUGCUGCCCAGGCUGAUGCCUUGAUCGCUGCGUCGGAAACUGUCGUCACCAACAUCAAGAAGGGUGUUGUUGAUGCUAAUGCCUCGCCUCCUCUGUCUCAGGAUGAAGCUUUCCAGCUUGUCCCACCUCUGAGCGCCUUGAUUGACGUCGUCAACCAGACUGUCUCUGCUCUCAUCGCCAAGAAGCAAAUCUUCUCUGACUCUGGUCGUGGUUGCGAAGUCUACCCUCAGCUCGUGGAGCAGGGUACUGACUCCAAGGCCUUCUCUGAUGCUCUGGUCGCCAAGGUUCCUGACGCGCUGAAGGAUAUUGCCGCUCAGAUCUCUGCUCCUAUCUUGCAGAGUCUGGCUGAUGGUGCCGCUGCCUUCAAGGACGUCAAGUGUGCUGCUACCUCGACUACUACCUCUCAGUCUUCUACCUCGACCACUUCAGCUACUUCGUCUACCUCUGAGCCUCCUGUCACCACCACUACUACUUCUGCUACUGGAACUGCUACCGGCACCUCUUCUGGUUCUCAGACUGGUACCUCUUCCGGAACUGCUACCGGUACCAAGACCUCUGGCACUGCCACCGGCACCAGCGAGCCUUGCACUGAGACCGGUUCCAAGACCAAGACUCACUCCGGUUCUGCUACCGCUACCGGAUCUGAGCCUUGUGACAAGACCACCACUGUCGAAGUCCCCGUGACCGAGACUGUUCCUUGCACCACGGGAGGAUCUGGUUCCCAGCCCACUGGCGGCUCCGGAUCUCAGCCUACUGGCGGUUCGGGUUCCCAGCCUACCGGCGGUGCUGGAUGCCCUGGAUGCCCCCCUGGUGAGACUUCUGGAUCUGGAUCUGGACCUGAGCCCACUACUCUUGUCCCAGUCCCAACCGGUGGCAAUGGAGGCAACGGAGGCAAUGGCGGUAACCCUACUCCCAGCUCUCCCGUUGUUGCUGGCGCUUCUCGGGGAGAAAUCCCCGUCGCUUUAGCCAUUGCUGCUAUCGCCGGUAUUGUGGGUGUUGCUCUGUAA